AUGGACCUUUCCCGAAGCCCUGGCAGAGCGCUUAUACAAAAUGAAAAUGAAGAUGGUGUAGAGAUCAUCGAAACGCUCUGCAUUGAUUUUCGAGAUCGGUUGUUAGUCGCUCUUUCUAGUACAUGUCAAAGCGACUUUAGCGAAGCAAAGAAGGUUGUCGAAGAGAGACUCAGAGACAUAUUGGAUGCAGCUUCAUCCCUCUCCUCCACAGAAAUUGCUUAUCACGACGCGAAUACGAGCUCUCUGUGCAGCUCAAAUGUCCCCGAGGAGGCUAUUUCAACAGUCAGCAUCGAUGUUGGGUUUGAUCAACCUAUGUUGGACUGCUCACAAAGCCCGCAGAGCACGCCAUCAGUUACCGAUGGCACUGUACCGACCCAAUAUGAAGACUUUGGUGGUACUAAUCAGAUGACUGUGGAGAAUCCUGCAUGCGUAGAUAUGUUUGGAGCUGAGACACAAAAUACAGGUCAUAUUUCUGGCUCUUGUUUACAGGCUUCGUCAUUUGGAGAUGUUUCCAUGAACUCUCCUGAUCUGAUUGAUUGGUCUUCACAAAAUCCUAAUUUCCCAAUCACCCAGGAUCAUGAGAAUCUUUUUGCUGAAUACUUGGCCCUUUUUGAGGGUGAACCGAAUUUCGAUGAUUGGUUGUCCACGAUGCCGUCGUCUAGUUCAGAAUCGCAGCCUAGCCCCAGUGAUGGCCAUUCAGCAGGUGAUACUCUCCAACUCAACCAAAUGCACCCGGUUUCAAAUAGCCAUGUUGCUACAAGUGUCACUUCAGUGUCAUCGCCGGAUACAAAUUCAAGAAGCUCGCGGUCUAUGAACAGUGACUUACUUGGGCACACCCCAUCGAGUCAGUCAUCAGUUUUUGAAAGCCCCAGUAGCAUUCAAGAGCCUACACCUGCGAAGUGUUCACAAAGAAGCCCCAGAAAGCAAGUUUCAAGACGGACCACAGACACCGCGCCUCGUGACCAACAAAUCAGACCGCGGGUCAGUAGAGCGAGCUCACAGCUUAGAGAGAGGUGCAAUGUGAGCAUGGUUCGGAACGAAGCGAGAGCUAGGCCAUACACGUCGCCAAGGAAUUUGAGGCGGAUAGAUCCCCAAGCAAAUACUAUAUCAUUAGACUCGAGUUUGGAAUACGCCUUCGGUCGCUUUUCACACGCGGAAGAGGUCUUCGAAAUUUUCCGACAGCGAUUGAGCGAAGAUAGGAAGCACUUGGCCUCAUUGCUCGUCCGGCUAUUCUACGCUGUUGGGAGCCCUGAUGCCUUGAGGCAACUCCGAGAUGCUCUGGAUCUUGCUCGGAAGAAUUGCAUCAUCCCUGCUUACAAUGAUGCCAACGACCUGGCCUCUACGGUCAGUGUGCUGGAUCAGCUAGAUUCCACGACGACACUAUCACAUAUCCUUCGACGUUAUCAUCUCGUACGACUACUAGAUCAUCGCUCGAAACUAGAAUCAAACCACAAAGCCGCCAAACUGGCCUCAAAAGGUACCAAGAGGAGACUGAAGUACGACUGCGCAAGGAUAGAGAUCAUGAAAAGGGGGGCAGAAGCUAAUUUCGAUGCAAAUACAAGAUCUACCAAAGAUAAUCAGAUCAAGUACCGAUCAAAAACUCAUGCUUUAAAUGACCUUAUGCGGACACUUUACCCGGACCUUAAGCCUGACUCAGAAGGCAGCAUAACUGCUGCCGGGGGUGAGUAUAACAGAAAGUUGACAAAGCUACGGAACCGAUUGUCAUGUGCAAGAAAUUGGUAUCAGUUCGAAGAAGAGUUUCCCGGAGCUAUCCUCGCUUUAAUACCGUGUGCUACCGGAGACCUCUCCAUAAGUAUUGACCAAGUUGAAAAACUGCCUAGCGACGUCGUGAGGAUAUUGUUAGACUACCUCAAGGAACAACGUGGAGCCUUCUUGUGCAAAAUGAGCCAAGUACUAUCCAAAGACUUGUUUGAUAUUUUGACAAGAAGGAAUGUCACACAAAAGUACAAGCUCGAAGAAACAGAUGAGAACUCGUUGAAAGACUGCUUGUACGACGAUGAUCAACUGCUCGAGCUCUGCAAAACGAUAUGA